AGCAAUUGCCAUCAGCUAUCUCGAAAGAAGAAAGAAAAAAAAACAAGUGCAAUCUGCAUAGCUGCCCAACACCAAGAACGGGGGCUAUCGAGAGGUCUAGUUCUAGGUAUUUGCGUUGUGGUACUCGAAUAGGAACAGUUCCUGGAAUCAUGAUAAAAGCACCAGUUGUGCUUUCCCUUUUGCUGUUGAUAGCGCCAUCCGGGAGUGAACUUCGAAAAACUUUCCACAGCAAAAUCAGCGGUUCGAGUAGUCGGCAUCUGUUCUCGCAUCACAACUACCACGCACGCGAUCGAGGUCACGAUCAUCAUCACCAGAGCUUCAAGAAGCAGCUAGAAUCUACAACGAUCAAUGAAAUUGUGACAGAAGUGACCACCUUACCAAACGUCCUAGAAGACCCAGUUGAAGACUCCGUUGCGGAACUUUCGUACGACAGAUCACUUCCUCUGCGAGUGUUAAACUGUAUGACCAAACUGUCACUGAUGGAAUGCAGCAAGUAUUACGUGUUACAGAAUAUGGAAUCGCGGGACUACAAUUUCGAAACCAGUGGGAACCUUACCCAUGAUAUCCAGCAAAUCCUUCUGCCCUCAUACAAGCGUCCGGACAACAAACUGUUCGAAGAUCGCCUAUUGGAGCUGAACUCCACGGAAGUAGAUCGUCGUAUCAACCAAGGUCUUGUGUUGCUGUUCAACGAGCGCCAAGUGGAUAUAAAAUUUUUGCCUGGAUUUAGAUUACAAGUUAGGCCAAGUGAUGGUAACAUUCUAGAGUUUUCAAUCAAAAAGCAGCUUUCUGAAAACAGUGAAGAGCCAGAGGAAGGCAGAGCACGAAACGAUCGCGAUCGAGACGAUAAAAAGAACAAACGUGGUAACAAGAAAAUUAUGAAACAUAUCAUGCAGCUGGGAGUUCCGGUGGUGCUGCUCCCAUCGAUGCUACUGGCCAGCGUCAUGCCGAUGAUGUUACCGGUGCUCAAAUUUGCGACCUUUUUCACCAGCUUUGUGAACCAUGCGGCCCUCGCAGCAUCCAUCAUGUACCUGGCCAAACAGCACGCCCAAGAGCAGGAAGAAAAGCAGACGGUGUACUUCAACGCGGGCUAUAAUUGAUUAGUGAUCAAAGCGAAAGUGGACCGGUGGCGGGAACUGAAGGAGGAUGGCAAACGAGAUGGAAUUAUUGUGCCCAUGGCACUUGCAUUAGACUAGUAUUUAUUUAGAACAUUAGAUAUUUAAAUCUGAUAAGUGUAUAGUUUCGCUGAGUACAGUAAGAUUUUAAUGAAUAUAUCUCUG